AUGGAUAAGCUUCAACCACCGCCGCCAUUUUCCUUUGAAGGAAAUGUAUCUCAUGGCUGGAAAAUAUGGGAAAAACACUUCAAUUUUUAUCUCACUGCUACUGAAUCAGAUUCAAAGAGCGAUAAAGUGAAAACCUCCAUUCUCUUAACCUGCAUUGGACCCAAAAGACGCGAAAUUUACGAGACAUUUACCUUCUCACAAGAAACUGACAAGCUGAAACUCAAGGUCGUAUUAGAAAAAUUCAGUGCAUAUUGUAAUCCUAGAAAGAAUAUCACUAUACUUCGCCAUCAAUUCUUUACCUACAGCCAACACGAAGGUCAGUCUUUCAACGAUUUCGUCAUAGAACUUAAGAAACGAGCCUCUGAGUGUGAAUUUGAGACUUUAGCUGAUUCACUGAUUAAGGACAUGAUUGUUUGUGGGGUAGCUGAUCAAUCCCUCCGUGAAAGACUCUUACGCGAUGCGGAUUUAACCCUUGCCAAGGCCAUUGAUGCCGGUAUUGCUGCAGAGGAAACCAAGCGUCACGCAAAAGAACUCGAAAAACAUCAACAAUCGUCAGAUAUUCACCAAGUUUAUCAUUCAAAAGAAAGAAAACUCAAAGAAUCUAGCAGAGCCCCUGAUGACGUCAUCAAGAAAUGUAAGUUUUGUAAUGGCUCCCACCAACGUGGCAACUGUCCUGCCUACGGGAAACGGUGUAGAACAUGCAACCGUAAGAAUCAUUUCGCUGUUUGCUGUUCCCAAAAAUCUGUCAAAUGUGUUACUGAGCAGGAUAAGUCCUCUGAUGAUGACUUUUUCAUCGAUAUGGUUAAAGUCACUGAUACCAAUCAGAAUCUCUCAACUGAAGGUGAUGGUGAAAACACCCCAAUUCCCAAAUCCAUGCCAACCAAUGCUAGUCCCAAUGUUUUCACAGUUAACAAUACCAAAUCAGAUUGGUCUGUCACACUGGGCGUGAAUGGAACUGAUGUCAAUUUCAAGAUAGAUACUGGAGCCCAGUGCAAUGUAAUUCCAAAGCGCCUACUUUCCAACCUCUCACCUAGACCUAAGCUCAAAACAGCAAACGUCCAGCUCUCUGCAUAUAAUGGCACAACUAUCCCUGUUGCUGGUAAGUGCAUUGCUCAAGUCAAACACAGGAGACAAACAAUUCCCAUUCUCUUCAUGGUUGUAGAUUCAGACUCAGUCCCCAUACUAGGAUUAAAUACAUGUGACAAACUGAACUUGAUCAAACAAGUGUAUCAAAUUUCAGAGGAAGUGCAAUCUCAUACUCCUAUUGAGGAGGAAUUCUCUGACUGUUUUGGAGAAAUUGGAUGUUUGAAGAGAACACAUCACAUCGAACUAAGAGAUGAUGUGAAACCUGUAAUCAUUCCUGUCAGACAAGUACCCUUUGCUCUAAAGCCAAAGCUCAAAGAGGAAUUGCAACGUAUGGUUGAGCUCAAUGUUAUUGAACCAGUCGAAAACCCAACCGAAUGGGUCAACGCCUUAGUCAUUGUCUCCAAACCAAAUGGCAAGCUGCGGAUAUGCUUAGAUCCUCGACCCCUAAAUAAAGCCAUAAAGAGGCAACACCACCGUCUACCCACAACCGAAGAAAUAAUCUCUGAAAUGUCAGGUGCUCGGUACUUUUCCAAGCUUGAUGCUGCCUCCGGAUAUUGGCAAAUAAAAGUAGAUGAAGAUAGCGCAGACUUACUAACCUUCGGAACUCCAUUCGGGCGUUUUCGCUUCAAACGCCUCCCAUUCGGGAUACACUCUGCCAGCGAAGUCUUUCAAGCAGAAGUUGCCUCAAUCAUAGCUGAUCUACAAGGUUGUGCCAACUCCCAAGAUGACAUCAUUGUGUGGGGAACAACUAAACAAGAGCACGACCUUCGCCUCAGAGAUGUACUGACACGUAUCCGAGUCAGUGGAUUGAAGCUCAACCGAAGCAAAUGUGUCUUUGCCGUAGAAUCCCUCACAUUUCUGGGACACACCCUUUCUGCUAAUGGUGUUAAGCCUGAUCUCUCCAAAGUUGAAGCAAUCGUCAACAUGCCAAUUCCUGAAUCGAAAGGUGAUCUUCAACGAUUCUUGGGUAUGGUGAAUUAUCUGGGUAAAUUUGUCCCCAACCUCUCACAAACCACCACUCCACUUCGUGAAAUGCUCAAAAAAGAUGUUCAUUUUGACCUCCAGCAACCACAACUGGACGCCAUCCAAGAGCUGAAACGUUUGGUCACUUCACCUCCAUGCCUCAAGUUUUAUGAUCCAAACCUGCCUACUCGAUUGAAACCUGACGCAAGUGCUGAUGGUCUUGGUGCCCUCCUUGAACAAAACCAUGGUUCAGACGAUUCUCCCCAAUGGUUCCCCAUUGCCUAUGCAUCUAGAGCAUUGUUACCAUAUGAAAGAAACUAUGCACAAAUCGAAAAAGAAGCCCUCUCGAUUGUAUUUGGAACGGAACGCUUUCAUGAGUACCUCUACGGUCAUCACUUCACUGUAUUCAAUGAUCAUCAACCACUCAAGUCAAUCUUCAGUAAAUCCAUCACUCAAUGUCCACCAAGAAUACAGCGCUUCUUCAUGAAGCUUCAAAAGUAUGACUUCAACCUUGAAUAUUCUCCUAGCAAAACCAUGGUCGUCUCAGAUGCACUCAGCAGGGCCUACCUCAACAACCAAUCAACUGAAAUUGAUCAACCUGAUUUGAUUCACUGUAUCCAAUUCACUUUCGACAACCUUCCCAUCAGCGAUGCUCGCCUGACUAAAUUUCAGAAAGAGACAGCCUCUGACACUACAUUACAGCAACUCAAGGAAUACACUCUUAAAGGAUGGCCACAACAACGUGACAUUUCUCAAACAGUCAAGCCAUACUACAACAUCCGUGAUGAAAUUGUUUACAACAACGGCUUACUCCUCAAAGGUCAACGCAUCAUCAUCCCAACAUCACUGCGCAGCACCAUGAAAGCAAUCAUACACCAGGGCCACACUGGCAUUGAAAGUUGCAAAAAUCGUGCGCGAAUGUCUGUCUAUUGGCCCGGAAUAAACGCACAAAUUGAAGAUCUUGUUUCUAACUGUUCACUUUGCCUAACCUACAGAAACAAGCAACAGAAGGAAACUCUGAUUCAACCUACGGUUCCAAAUGCACCAUGGACAAAAGUUGCCUCAGACCUGUUUUCCCUUUAUGGACAUGACUACGUUAUCGUUACGGACUAUUUCUCAAAGUACAUUGAAAUUGAACGACUCACCGACAAAUCGAGCGCCACUGUGGUUAAUAAAAUUAAGAAGAUUUUUACUCGACAUGGCAUUCCUAAAGAGCUCUGUUCCGACAAUGGUCCAGAAUACACAGCGGCAUGUUUCAAACAGUUUGUCCAAGAAUGGGACUUUAAACACACUACUUCAAGUCCUCACUUUUCGCAGUCCAACGGUUUCGUGGAAAGAGCAAUCCAAACUGUUAAGAAGAGUUUGAAAAAAGCACAUGAUGGCAACAAGGACCCUUACCUUGCCUUGUUAGUCCUCAAUACCACUCCUGGAAACGACAACAAGUCACCAGCUGCGCGCCUCUUCGGUCGUCAACCACGUUCCACAUUGCCUUCCCUAAUCCAACCUGCAUUUCCUCCUCCCCCUCCUCCCAAAGACACCCGAGCGAAGACAAAAGAAAGAUAUGAUCAACACGCUAAAGAUCUACCUGAUAUCCAACCAGAAACUGUUGUUCGAAUCCGUGCGAAGGAAGAUGAGAAAUGGAAUCAACUUGGUAAAGUCGUGGAGAAGUGUGCCGAGCCAAGGUCCUAUCGUGUCCUCAAUGACAAAGGAAACAUUGUGAGACGCAACCGCCGCCACCUUAUCCCGUGUAAGGACAGAUUCCAGAUCCGGAAUGACUUUGAUUAUGAUGAUCUAGAAGUGACAACUCGACCCAGUUCUCCAGAACCACCAAACGAAAUCGUCACAAGAUCUGGUCGAGUCGUUCGAAAACCGUCUAGAUAUAGCUAGACAAAUAAACGUUCAUUCACACAAACUUUAUUAACUUUAUACUUGUUUAAUCUCCAACGGGAGAUGUUACAUAUUUGUUUUGUUAUUCUGACGUAUGUUAUUUAAGUCUUGUAAUUACGUCAUACAAUGCGUUCGCGCCAAAUAUAUGUUUUUAUAUUCUCUGUCUUAAAACGUGUGUAUUCAAACAGAACAGGGGGGAGGGGGUUUGAAAAAUCAGGACAAACUCGGACAUAGGGGGGAGGGGGGGUUUUUAGCAAUCCGGAUGUCCGAAAUUUAAAAAAAUUCAAAAACAAAUUUC